AUGUCUCUCGAAAAACACGUCUGGGGUUUUGAUCCCGAAUCCCAGGCGGCAUCCCCUGAUGACCUACACGAGAUCUGUCUGGAUGAUGACAACAAAGAAGCUCAGACCCCUUUACCGGCGGGAAGUCGGCCUGAGUGUCUAAAGAAUGCCGUCCACGAAUGUGUGUUUGUUGCCCUUGUCGCCUUUGCUGCAGCUACACCCGUCUUCCUCCAACGUUCUGUCGUUGUUGUAGCAGGUCCUAUAUCCGGAGCCCUGCAAAUGACACCUGCUCAGAUCGCGUGGGCUACAGCAAGUUCGGGUUUAACAACGGGCGCAUUCUUGCUUCCAUUCGGCUACAUCGCCGAUACUUGCCCUAUUUUACCCCGGAAGACUCUUCUAAUACUCAGCUUGGUGGUGUUCUGUCUGCUUGUCUCAUGUACAUCCUUCUCGCGAACUGGGGUUGUGCUUGAUAUCAUAUCUGGCUUGACUGGUAUCGCUUGUGCGGCGAACGUUCCUAUUGCCGUUGGCAUAUUAAGUCUUGUCUACCCAACGCCAUCACGCCGCAAGAAUAUAGUAUUUUCUUCUUUCUUGAUGGGCACACCUGCUGCGACGAUCAUCGGUGGUCUCGGCUCCGGCGCCUUGGCUCUUGAAAUAAGUUGGAAGGCCCCGUUCAUAGCCUUGGCUGCUCUGUAUGCGGUAGUCUCAGGUCUUGCUUGCGUAUUCGUCCCGAAUGUCUCGGAACCCGAAACCGAAAAGGAGACCGAGGUUCGUAUCAUUGCUGAGCCGGAAGCUUUUCCUAUCUUGUCGAUCGAAGCACCCAAAGAGAAAUCCAAACUCUGGCAAUUUGAUUGGCUAGGGUUGUUUCUACUUGUCACAGGUCUUCUCCUUUUCACUAUCGCGUUGUCCAUUGGCCCGCAAGGCCCGGAGCCAUGGAAGACGCCGACAGUUAUCCUACUUCUAACUUUGGGUGUGCUGUCUCUUGGAUGUUUCCUCCUUUGGGAAAAUAUUACAAAAACACCUAUGAUACCCCCGUCAAUUUGGGAAAACUUGACGGUAACUUUGGUGAUCAUCUGCACUUUGGCUGCCGCUAUGUCUUUCUACUCUCAGCUGUUUUGGGUUUCUUUAUUCAUGCAAGAUCUCGGGGGUCUGAAGCCAUUCGAGGUUGCCGUACGGUUGGUACCUCAGGCUCUUGUGGGCUUGGUACUCAGUCCUCUCGUUGGUCUGAUUAUGCAUAGAGUCCCUGGGACCGUGUUGUUAGCAGUAGCCGCUACUUCCCUCGUCGUUAGCAAUGUACUUCUCAUAUUUUUACGACAGGGAAGCAAUUACUUGACCUGGAUAUUCCCGUCGGUUAUGUUAAGUACUGUUGGGAUGGAUUGGAUUAUGAAUGUUGGGUCGCUUUAUAUCUUAUCGUCUCUCCCACUAAAACAUCACUCCGUUGGUGCUUCUCUACUACAAACGACGAGCCGCCUCGGAGUUCCUCUUGGUAUGGGAGUUACUACUGCAAUAUGGUCGUCGUAUGAUGGAGAAUGGCAGGAUGCCUACCCGGAACUGGCAUAUACCAAUACUUUCAUGGCCACCACGGCGUUUGCGGGAAUCUCUCUCAUCUUAGUACCAUUCAUCCGUAUCGGAAGGCAGGGUCGUUCAGAACACGAACUAUUAGAGGAUAAUAGUAAUGAGUCGAAACCGAGCAUUUCAGUUCCUCCCCAAUCACCACCUACCCCACCUCGAAACCCCCGAAAUGAGAACGGAAAUCGUCCAAGCAAACGGUGGUCCCCCGUUGAUACAUUAGCUGCAUCGGUCACUAGCGAAAGACAACACACAGCAGCUCCAUCAGUGUCAUCGCAGUCGUCACGUAAAAGCGAGGACACCUCGAACACCAACAAGACGACUAGGACAACCAUUCGACGCGGGUGUAGCCCAUCCGAAAGAGUUGUUUGGGUUGUCUGUGAGGAAUGUGGCACAACCAAGCGUCACAAUCAACCACGUACCACCGUGGGCGACCCAGCUCGUUACUUCAACGAUCCUGCAUUUGGCAGCACGACUAAGGAUACCAAUCAAACGAAUCCCUACGGCGCCAACAGCAGUAACAAUAGCCAGAAUCAUCAUCAUCAUCCUCCCCAGCUUCAGCUUCCGAGGCCGUAUGGCGGACGUCGUCGUCAACCACUUAUGAACCGCCAGAUCUUAACACAUCAGAUGCUGACUCAGGGCUUCCAGCCUUGAUAGCGUUAGGAUGGAAAAGAAUAACUGUGUGGGGGCGGUUUUUGAAUUUACUCCUGGAAAUGGCUAAAGUGUCUGCUAGAAUAGAAGGGGCAUUUUACUUUUCUAACUAAUGGACCGGGGGUGUUUGAGGAUGACAUUCAUAGCAGCAUUUUGGUUGGGUUUAAGGACCUCUUUGGACCUUUCUUGGGAGCCACCAUUAUACUCGGGGACUUAUCCUUCACGUAGGUGAAGUGACUAACACGCGGUAUGAAAAAGGAUAUGUAGCCCUUUCUUAAAUCCCUUGUGUGUACAAUCAGAACACAUAUAUAUGUAGUCUAGUGCCUCGCCAUACUACCAUAAUAAUUAAU